AGUCUCCUGGGUUGUAGACGCGGCCGCUCGGCCUGGCAGGUAAAUAACAGAUGCGGGUGAAAGAGCCAUCCAAAGCUUCCCCUGAGAAAGCAAAGAGAAGUAAGAGGCCUCCUAUACCUCACGAUGAAGACUCGUCAGAUGACGUUGCUGUAGGUCUCACUUGCGAGCACAUAAGUCACGCUGUCAGUGUGCAUCAUGUGAAAAAAGCAGUAGCUGAGAACCUGAGGUCAGUUUGCUUGGAAUGUUUAAAAGAAAGAAGAUCCUGUGAUGGACAGCCAGGACUUCCUCCUGACAUCUGGUUGUGCCUCAAGUGUGGUUUUCAGGGAUGUGGCCAAAACUCAGAAGGCCAGCAUUCAUUGAAGCAUUUCAAGAGCUGGAGAGCAGAGCUUCACUGUAUUAUAAUUAAUCUGAGCACAUGGAUCAUAUGGUGUUAUGAGUGUGAUGAAAAAUUAUCAACACAUUGUAAUAAGAAGGUUUUGGCUCAGAUAGUUGAUUAUCUCCAGAAACAUGUUUCUAAAACACAAACAAGUGCAUUUUCUAGAAUCAUAAAACUUUGUGAAGAAAAUUGUGAAACAGGUGAAAAAAAUAAGGGAAGAAAAGGCGGCAGUGUAACAUCUGUAAAGGGAAUUACAAAUUUAGGAAAUACUUGCUUCUUUAAUGCAGUCAUGCAGAAUUUGGCACAGUCUUACAUUCUUACUGAAUUGAUGAAUGAAAUGAAAGAACAUGGUACAAAACUCAAGAUUAUUCCUUCCUCUGACUCUCAACUGGACCCGUUAGUGGUGGAACUUUCAAGCCCUGGACCAUUGACCUCAGCCUUGUUCCUGUUUCUUCACAGCAUGAAGGAAACUGAAAGAGGACCGCUUUCUCCCAAAGUUCUUUUUAAUCAGCUUUGUCAGAAGGCCCCUGCGUUUAAAAGUUUUCAACAACAGGACAGUCAGGAACUUCUUCAUUAUUUGCUGGAUGCAGUGAGGACAGAAGAAACAAAGCGAAUACAAGCUGGCAUUCUAAAAGCAUUUAACAAUCCAACUACUAAAACUGCUGAUGAUGAAACUAGAAAAAAAGUCAAAGCAUAUGGAAGAGAAGGUGUGAAAAUGAACUUCAUAGAUCGUAUCUUUAUUGGUGAAUUAACUAGCACGGUCAUGUGUGAAGAAUGUGCAAAUAUCUCCAUGGUGAAAGAUCCUUUUAUUGAUAUUUCACUUCCUAUAAUAGAAGAAAGGGUUUCAAAACCUGUACUUUUGGGAAGAAUAAGUAAAUAUGGAAGUUUACAAGAGACAGAUAAUGGUCAGUACAGUGGCACUGUUACUGUAGAAAAUACUCAUCAACCCAAAGCCAUCAGGAAGCAUUCUUCAUCUAAAGAUAUGAAUCAACUAAUUCAUGGCAGAAAAUGUACAAGAAAAUCAUCGUCUGGAGAAGAUAAACCUGCUGUCAUAUACCAGAGAAGUGAAAGCCUUGAGGUGAAUAGAGACUCUUCAUUGUUUGCAAGCACCAUGAACACCGAGCCGGCUCUGACUGACAGCCCCACCGAUGGCAGUGAGGAAGAAGACAGCCUUUCUGAAAGCAGUGUCGAUGCUGACAGCGAGGCUUCGGAGUCUGAGAGUGCUCCGAAACAGACUUUGUUGUUGAGGUCCAGAAGCGGAUACCACAUGCACACAAAUGGACACCCUCACUACCCGUCCAAGAGUGAACCACUCGCUAGGGAGGGCGACCGUGCUGAUGAGGGAGUGGCUGAAGCUGUUUCUGAACUUCAUUUGAGCAGCACAGUAAUUCGAGCUAGGGAUUUUGACAGAGAAAGUCAGCCACUAAAUGUUUCAAAUAAUUUAUGUUUUUCAGAGGACAAGCAUAUGGUGUCUCAGAGCCCCCAAAAUGCUUUUCAGACCCUUUCUCAGAGCUAUAUAACCACUUCUAAAGAAUGUUCGCUUCAGUCGUGUCUCUAUCACUUUACAUCUAUGGAAUUGCUGAUGGGGAAUAACAAGCUUCUGUGUGAGAACUGUACUGAGAAGAAACAGAAGUGCCAAAGGGAAGCCACUUCUGCAGAAAAGAAAGCAGAAGGGGUUUAUACUAAUGCCAGGAAGCAAUUGCUCAUUUCUGCUGUUCCAGCUAUCCUGAUUCUCCAUCUUAAAAGAUUUCAUCAGGCUGGUUUGGGUCUUCGCAAAGUAAACAGACAUGUAGAUUUUCCACUUAUGCUUGACUUGGCGCCAUUCUGUUCCGCUACUUGUAAGAAUGUCAGUGUAGGAGGUAAAGUUCUCUAUGGUCUCUAUGGCGUAGUGGAGCAUAGUGGCUCAAUGAGAGGAGGCCACUACACCGCUUACGUGAAAGUGAGAACACCCUCCAGGAAAUUACUGGAACACAUCACUGGAAAGAAAAAUGUACCUGGUUUGAAAGAACCUGAUAGCGAAUCAGCAAGCCAGUGGGUCCAUGUUAGUGACACUUAUGUGCAGGUGGUUCCAGAAUCAAGAGCACUUAGUGCACAAGCAUACCUUCUUUUUUAUGAAAGAAUAUUAUAAUUAUCUGUUAAUUAGUAGUGAUAAUGAUUAUUUAGGUCACUUUUAUUUAAAUGCUGCAGUGUUAACCACAAUAUGCAAUGUGCCUUUGUAGUCUUUUCUGUAGGAAUAGCAUGUCCCUCAAAUGUUCCUGAACAUUGUUACCGUUUUGGUGAAUCCUUUUAAAGUAAAUUUUAAAGUAAAUGUUUUCAGGGGCUUCCCCAGUGCUUCAGUGGUUAAGACUCAGCUUCCACUGCAGGGUUGGGCCCCUGGGUAAAGAACUUAAGAUUCUGCAUACCUUGUGGAGUGCAGCCAAAAACAAAACUAAAGUAAAACAAAACUAAAUGCUUUCAAACUUAUAUCCUUAAAAUAAACAUAAGCACAUGUUUUUAAAAACGUAUUUGUCCUGGAAAAAAAUAACAGAAUUCACAACAGUUAACUCCUUUAUAAUGUGACUUACUGCAGGCAUUCAGAAAUGGCUAAGUCAAAUCGUUCCUUAGAUAGUGUUUCCCAAAUGUGAGUCACGUACCACUUUUCUGUUUUCAUGUGUGUGUGUGUGUAUAUUAUAUAUGUGUGUAUAUAUAUCUCCUGUGCCAUUGUUUAUUAUUCUUAACCUUAUUUUUUAGCUUUUUUAAACAAUAGUCUUAUUUUGAUCAUAUUCCGCAUUUUAUGUGCUAGUUAUAUUUUUUUCUAAUAAGUAUUAAAAUAAAUGUGUAAAUUAAAGAAAGGUUGUUCACUCAUGCAGCACUGCACCUAGAAGCAUCUCAGGGCUACCCAGCGGCACAUUGCCCGGCUGUGUGGGAAGCACAGCUGUAACAUGCUCUGUGCUGUGCCUAGUCACUCAGUCGAGUCCAGCUCUUUGUGAACCCGAGCUGUAGCCCGCCAGGCCCCUCGG